AGUUUCCUGUGUAAUGUGUAGUUUGGGUCCGACACUUGUGUGGUUUGUAGUUUGUGUGAAAACGUUAGAAACGCGCUAGCGUCAGGGUUGCUAACUGCUAACCGGCCCACAGUAUGCUAGCACGUUUGGCGCGAUGCUAUGCUAGCAGCUAAUCUUUGAGACUGGCCGGUUGUAGCAGUCUGUAAUCGGAGGUUUAGCCGGGCUUUUUCCGUGGAGUAUAAUCCAGCUAGAUGCCCAACUAGAUGAGACUUUAUCGCCCGUUUGAGAGUUUGUUUAGCAUAAAAUAACAUCAAGCAGCUCCUAGUUGAUGCCCCCAUGGAUGACCUGACCCAAGCCCUCUCGGCCAGCUUUGCUGUGUCCAAGGAGCCCAACAAUACAGCCUGCCCCCACCCUCGACUGGCCCAGUACAAAAGCAAGUACAGCGUGCUGGAGCAGAGUGAGCGACGGCAGCGCUUUCUUGAUUGGCAAAAAAGUAAAAGGUUAAACUACGUCAACCAUGCGCGGCGUCUGGCUGACGGGGACUGGACGGGGGCAGACAGUGAUGGGGAGGAAGAUAUGGAGAAACAGGAGGAGGGAGAGCAGGCACAAGAUGGCAACACGGAAGAAGAGGGGAUGGAGAUUGAGAGGAGGAAGCUGCCAAAACAUUAUGCAAACCAGCUCAUGCUAUCAGAGUGGCUGGUGGAUGUACCAUCAGAACUGGACACUGAUUGGCUGAUGUUGGUUUGUCCUGUGGGCAAAAGAUCUCUGAUUGUUGCCUCUAAGGGUUCCACUGCAGCGUACACCAAGAGUGGCUAUUGUGUGAACCGCUUCCCCUCCCUGCUGCCCGGUGGGAACAGACACAACUCUGCUAUGGGAAAAGACUACACAAUCUUGGACUGCAUCUACAGUGUGGUGGACAGAACUUACUACAUUCUGGAUGUCAUGUGCUGGAGAGGCCACCCGGUCUACGACUGCCCAACCGAGUUCCGCUUCUUUUGGCUCCAGUCCAAAGUCCAGGAAACCGACGGCCUAUCAGAGAUCACCAAACGCAACCCGUUCCGGUUUGUGGGCCUUCAGAGCACAGACUGCACAGCAGAAUCAAUAAAGGCAGCCCUGGCAGCAGAGUACAGCUUCAGUGUUGAUGGUCUCCUCUUCUACCAUCGCCAGACCCACUACACCCCUGGCAGCACCCCUCUGGUUGGCUGGCUUCGCCCCUACAUGGUCACCGACAUCCUGGGUAUAGAAAUUCCUGCGGGACCCCUCACCAAGAAGCCGGAAUAUGCCAGCCAUCAGCUGCAGCAGAUCCUGGAACAUAAAAAAACAUCAACUGAAGUCCGCCCGGCCAACAGAAGCGGGGGCUAUGAGUUAGAGUACCUGUCUACACCGAGUCAGGGCAGUGAGGACACUCUGAACUUUCAGAAUCAGAAGCCAAUAAGAGAAGCACAUAUGGAGCUCUGAGUGGGAGGCUUAACGAGAUGCAAAUUGCCAAGUCAGUGUUUCUGAAUGGUGGCAGCAGCCCACAUAUAGUUCUUUAGAAUGUGUCCUGAAUGGUUCUGCAGCUCUAACCAAUUGCAAAGCAUGGCUAAUUCUAAUCCGGCACUGCUCUGGACAUCCUCGGAGUGCCGAUUAGUAGACCUGUGCUGUACUUUCAUAUGGCUAAAAAUCCAGUCUGACAUUUACAGGUUGUACCUGCUUGGAAACACUUUCCUCGCACAGUAUUUUGCCACUACGAUUAAUAGUUCACUAUAUGCAAAUUUGUAAAAUUGUGCGUUGUCCAAAGUGCAGCACAGUAACACUUGUGAUCACGAGUUAGUUUGAUCCGCUACACUUUUUUGCACUCACUGUUGUCAGUGGAUUGCAGGUUUUUGUGAGUAGAUCAUCAGCAAACAUUACAGAGAGUCUGCAGAAUGAACACUCAGCGUUUUGGAAGGCACAGUAAUGCUGAGAGGUCACAUCCUGUGAGUUAAUGCUUAUCAGCCACACUGACGUGGAUUUUUUUUUACAAUGAAAUGUUCAAUUUAAAAUUGCUUAGAAAAUGUUUUAAAGUGUGUGUACUUCUAAAUAAAUGUUUUUCUAUUGGCCUUCA